AAGUUUUGCAUAAUUAAGGUCUCAGGCUUGGUUUUCUCUGCACUGAGUCUCGGGCUGGGAUUUUCCGAAAUCGUCUCGGUCAACGGCCUCGGCGUCUUGGCAAGUCUCGGAUUUUACCAUUCGCCACCCCCACAUUUGUACAGAGACAUCCAUUUCUUCCAUCAACUUGAUCAAGCUUGUCAAAACUUCUUGGGGAGGGGAAGCUUGGGUGAAUUACUAAAAUGAAAUACAGAAGCACAAGAGGUAAAGUGCAAGCUGAAUCAUUUGAAGAUGUGCUUUUUAGUGGCUAUGCCAGUGAUGGUGGAUUGUUCAUGCCUGAGAGAAUUCCACUUGUGGACAAAACCACUCUUGAGAAAUGGAAGAAUCUUUCAUACUUGGACCUUAGCAAGGAAGUGAUGUCACUGUUUAUCCCCCCUGAGGAAAUACCUGCCAAGGACUUGAAUGAUCUUGUCAAUAAAGCAUUCUCUGAAUUUGGGCAUAAGGAUAUUGUUUCCCUAGCAACAGUGAACAAUUUUCAUGUGUUGGAAUUGUUUCAUGGUAAGACCCUGGCAUUCAAGGAUUAUGCCUUGGUGAGUGUUGGCGUUUUUAUGGAUUAUCUCCUAAAUAAGAGAAAGAAGAAUGUGGUUGUACUUGUGGGAACUUCUGGCGACACCGGUAGUGCAGCCAUUGAAAGUGUAAGGAGAUCACAAUGGAUCGACAUCAUAGUGUUGUAUCCUAAAGGUCGUUGUACUCAGGUACAAGAGCUACAAAUGACGACAGUCUUUGAGGAGAAUGUUCAUGUUGUCAGGGUGGAUGGAACAUCAGAUGAUUUGGAUGUGCCAAUCAAAAAUUGUUUUUCAAAUCCAGCCUAUGCUGUGGCAAAUAAUCUUUGCAUGAUUAACUCAACCAACUGGUGCCGCAUACUGGCACAAACUGUACAUCUUAUCUAUGGUUACCUAAGAGUCUGCAGUCAAGUGGGACACACUGUAAAGUUUGUAAUCCCGUCAGGAGCACUUGGACAUUGCACAGCUGGCUCACUGAUCAAUAAAAUGGGCAUCCCUGUGGAGCUGGUCUGUGCUGUGAAUGUCAAUGAUAUUGUUCACAGAAUGAUAUCUACGGGUGACUUCACUAUAUCUCAAGAUGUCAUGCAAACCUGGUCAUCUGCUAUGGACAUUCAAGUCCCUUAUAAUGUGGAACGUUUGUUGUUACUCUUCUCCAACAUGAACUAUGGUCUUGUUGAUUCUCUGAUGAAAGAAUUUGAACAGAAAAACUCACUGAUGAUACCUGGUGACUUGAGAGGAAAGAUGUGUGAAGUUAUUUCGUCUGUUUCUGUGUCAUGUGACCAAACAUUACAAACCAUGAAGGAAUGCUGGGAUGAGAACCAGUACCUACUCUGUCCACACACUGCUGUGGGUGCCUCAGUGGUCUGGGACCAAAGGAACUCCACUGUUCUCAAGACACCCACUGUUUGCGUGGCUACGGCAAGCCCCGCCAAAUUCUCCGAGGCUGUGAAGGCUGCUGGGAUAGAAGUGCCGCUGCCUCCUCAACUGGCUCAGCUACUCGCCAGUCCUACUCGUUACACAGAAAUGAAGAAAGGAGACGAUUGGGACCGAAUACUGCGAAACAUGAUAAAUGAUAUUUCCGAGAAUCAUUCCAACAAAAACUUCACAACAUUGCGUUCGUAGAUAUAUUUGACUCAUCGGUAACUUAUCGGUUUAACCAUAAAAUAUAGCAACGAAAUAGUUGUUGGGGUCUAACCGGUUAAGUUCAGGCCCCAGGUUUUCGAAGGCUGGAUAACGCUAUCCACCGAAUAAAUCGCUAUCCAAUGCAUAAGUGUUAACAAAAACAAACCA